AUGAGCAAGCCUCUCGCCAAUGCGAUCAAGCGGAGAGCCAAGAGCCAUCCCAAAUUCCGGGGAACCAUCAUUAAUUUCGCUCAGAGCUAUCAUAAGAUCAACGUAGGGUUACAGCGCAGAUUGUACGGCUACAGCACGAAUGUGGACAUCAAGCCUCUGAUCGAGGAGAAGGCUGUGGAAACGGCAGCAGACCUCGUGGGCGAGCUUGUGGUCUUUGGGGUGGCUGGCGGUGUUGUUGUUGCAGAGUACACAAGAAGCUCAAUAGCUGAUUCGAGGAAAGAGGAGAAGAGAAGGCAGGAACGGGAGGCUCUUCGUCAGAAGGACCUUGAGCUUGAGCGUGAAUUGCAGAUGCUGAAGGCACGAUUGGACGCAUUGGAGAAUGCAGCAUCUGACAGCUGGCUCCCACGCAUUCUGCGAGGCAGCACUAUAACAUUGGGUGGGGGCACCCGCAGCGCAACCAGUCCUGCCCCCAAAAAUAGUGGAUCUGCGGCAAGUGAAGUGGAGACAACAGAGGCUCACGAGGAGGAUGACGGGCAUGGGUCUGAGGAGACAGAUGAAGAAAGCCUUAGUACGGAUGGUCCUAGACAGAAGUAA